AUGAAGACACACCAUCUCCAGUUGCUAGGACUCGUAGUAGUAAUUCAUUAUGCUGCUGCAAUAGCAGAAGGUAGUUAUGGAGAAGAAUUGUCGACGUGUUUGAUGGUGUACAAAGUAGGCAGUGCACCUGCGGUUUUUCAGUCCCCAAAAUGCCCUCUUUGGAAAUCACAAUCAUCAUCAGAGCAACUGGGUGGUUCACAUUCUCCAACAGCCAGGUGUCAGUUGGCCAUGCACCAGGGACGUCGCAAGUAUCAGGAGGACCGUGCUCUCUGUGUUCUUGAUGUUCGAAUUCCUUUUCCCGGUCCUACGGGGAUUAUAGAGGUUCCAGUUGAUAUCGUGGCAGUUUUUGAUGGUCAUAAUGGUGCUGAAGCUAGUGAAAUGGCUUCAAAGAAGUUAUUAGACUAUUUAAUGCUGCACACGUAUUUUCUUCUCGAUAAAAAAUCUUUUAUGUUCUCGAGGGAAUCCAUUGGAAGGUUGCCAAAUGAGGGAGAACAGCAUCGUGGCUUCCCAGAGUUCAAGUGGCAUGUGUCAGAUAUUGGAAGGUUGAAGCCAACCUUAUCGGCAAAUAUUGAAGGAAAUGUACACUUAGAAAUAUUGAAGGAAGCCUUAUCGAGGGCAAUCCAAGAUAUUGAUGCAGCAUUUUCUAAGGUGUCACACACGUCUAGAAACAAUUACAAUUCGGGUUCUAUGGCUACGGUUAUACUUAUGGCAGAUGGUCAAAUUUUGGUUGCCUAUAUUGGUGACUCAAAGGCAUUUUUGUGCUUUGAAAUGUUUCAGUCUCCUUCUGAGGCUAAAGCUACUUUCUUAAGAUUAUACAGACAGAAAAGAAGUGAAGGUGCAAUUUCACCCAUAAGUGAUUAUGGCAGCCUUAAAGUGGCAGCUUCUGAUGGGUGGCAUUAUUUUAUUCCCAAAGAACUGACAAGAGAUCACCAUCCAGACAUAAAGGAUGAAAGAUAUCGAGUCGAAUCUGCUGGAGGUCGUGUUGUUGAGUGGGGGGGCAUACCUCGUGUUAAUGGUCAGUUGGCUGUUUCUAGAUCAAUUGGUGAUGUUGCCUUUAAAAGGUAUGGUGUUGUAUCUGUACCCGAGGUGACAGAUUGGCAACCUCUGACUGCCAAUGACCGCUAUUUGGUGGCUUCAUCUGAUGGCAUUUUCGAAACGCUGAGCUCACAGGAUGUUUGUGAUAUGUUGUGGGGAUUAGAUCGUCCAGCUGUUGUGAUCCCAUUUAGAUCAACUGAUAUUUCUCAAACCUUGCCCAAGGAAAGGUUUGAUGGAACGAGGAAAUUUGAUUUCCCAGGUUUGGUGGAAAGGGAAAAUUUUAUUGGUCGAGGCAAUUAUACUUCCCAGCUGUAG